UUCUGACAGACGUUCCAAUCAACCUGCGGCUCUCAUGUUGGGUACAUUAGAGAUAACCGUUGUACGGACGAGUGUGAUCAACCAUUUCCCGACGCGACGCCGUCUCAAGCGCGCUGUGCCCGUGUCCUCACCACAACGUCACGUACAGAAAUGAUCACACUUUGCGGGUUUGCAAACAUGGCGUCGGGACAGGACACAGGGACAGCACGACACCAGGACAUGUCUUCCGCCAAUAAUAAGGACCUGGGCAGGCGGAUUAAAGUGUCAGUCGUCAGCCUGGCUGUCUUCGCGAUGCUUCUCGUCCUUCAACAAGCGCUACUGAGUGUACAGAUAUCAGAUCUUGUCCCUCAGCAGUGGCAUAGUAAAAACACUACUGCGCUAUCUGGCCUGACGUCAUCAGAAGCCAAGGAGCAAAUGAGAAUUGCUACAGCAAGGCUUCAUCCAGCGAAACUUUUCAAAAUCCGGUUCAAGUGGGGAAAUUCUACGCCGGCUUCGAAUUCUUCUGCAUGCCAAAAAGAGAAAAAGAAGAAGAAAAAGAAGAAAUGUAAAAAGAAACUGAAACGCAAGUCAAAAUCAGCACCAAACCUGGGCCCGUACAGGACAUGCGCAGUCGUCGGCAAUGGCGGCAUCCUAUUGGACAGUCACUGCGGUGACGACAUCGACGCGAAGGACUACGUCAUCCGCGCGAACCUUCCCGCCCUGGAGGGGUUUGAGACAGACGUCGGGCGGAGAACUAACAUGACAUUCGUCAACACCAACGUGGUCAAGAGACUGAAUAUCGCUUCCAAAUUGCAGGACAGGACUCGCGACCCUUACCCGACUCGCUUACGACACUUUAACAACACUGUGAUUGUCGGGAACAGACAGUCGAAACUUGUCUUACAAACGGCCGCAUGGACGAACCAACUUACGCUCGAAUUUUGGACCUGCAAGCACGACCUUAGAAAAAACAAAAUCAUCAACCCCAUCGCGUCCCGGGUUGCUGGCUGGCGGUUCAACAGCCGCCCUUCCUCCGGCCUGACAACCGUCCUCAUCACCAGCACCUUCUGCCAACACCUGUCUCUGUACGGCUUCUACCCUUACAGCAGGGACGCCGACAACAAGCCCAUCCCCUAUCACUACUUCCCCGACGAUGGUGUUGACGAGGCGAUUGUUAACAGGAACAAGCACCACCUACCGGUGGAGUUCCGUCUGUACAGGGAGCUCCACAGAAGAGGGGUUUUAACGUUACAGGAGGGAAGGUGCGAGAGUCAGGAAAAUAGAAACACUUCUUCAUCAAUGUAGAUAAAGACGUUGUUUGUUUGUUUCGAUCCCCAUUAGUGCUUAAAAGCACUAUUCUUCCUGGGGUCAAUAAAAUGAAGCAUAAAUAACAAAACUUGUACAUAAUGAUGAUUACAAAAUAAUAAAGUAAGUUCAAAAUCAAUAGGAGAGGUCGACCAAAAAAAGCACAAAAUAAUUUGAACAUAAUCCAGCGUUGUACGUAAACAACAAAGGUGCCCACAAAAUUAACAAAGGUUUAAAUUAACUUAAAUAACUGAAUAGAACAUAAUUCCAACUGAUCAUAAUUCCAAAGAUAAAUAUAACAAAUUGAUCAGCCAUUUAAAUAACUGAAAUCUUCUUAUCUAUCAAUAAUAAUAAUGAUUAUUGUACGUUGAUAAAUAUCAUUAGCACUACUUGAUCAAUUACUGUAAUAAUGUGCCACAUAAUUAAUGUUGUUGGAGGAAGAUCCCGGACAGGCCAUAACGGCUUUUUUUUACCUUCCCCGCAUAUCUUCUUUUGUUAUGUUAUUAUUUAUCAUGUUUAAAGUUUUAAAGAUUAUUUUAAACAAACAAUAAAAUAAGAUAGAAGAUCUGUUACGUUGAUGUAGGCUAGAUAUCCAGGUUACAAGAUACACUGGAUAGAUUUUGCAAACUGUCAGACGUUUCAAGUAGCAUCCAGGCUGGUGUAAUACCGGGCCGGCCGCUAGGAGCGCAGAUUUAGUCAGGCUACCGCUACUCGGUCACUGACGAAACAUAGUAGAUGCUAUGACAAUUUUGGAAAAUGUACCCAGUUACUUGAGUAACUGUUUUCUUGUGUAUAGUAGAAGUAGUAGUAGUAUAGUGAUUUUACUUUUUCUUUGCAGGCAACGGAAAAGGAAACUGUUUUUAAAUAGUACGUUAAUGUUGUGAUAUCAAGUUUGUGAUAAAUUAUUUGUUUG